AUGAGCGAUAUAAACGAGACUGGCCUUAACAGUGCGGAAACCUCAUCGCAUGCUGAACCGGCUCCUAGCAAUGUCAACGAAGUUAUGGCAUCAGAGCCAACCGAGGUUCCAUCCGCAAUGGAUGUUGACCAAGAGCCAACCGUUGUGAUACCAUCGGAAAAACAAGCGUCAUCCAGAGAUAAUGAUCAAGAUGACGGGUUAGAGAAACGGAGAAGGCGGUCCACGCGGGAUAUCAAACGACCGAAAUUCGACGACGAGUUGGUGGAUAGUGGGGUAUCGAAGUUAUUAUCUCCUAGGAAACGAGUUAGUGGCGAGCGUGCAAUGCACUCUCCAUCAAUGAAUACAUCUGAGAAUCUUGCUUCGAAAUGUCGUAGUUGGUCGUCUACCAUGGAGCCCUUGUCAAGUUCUGCCUUGCAGGAAGCCAGGAGUGAAGAGAAGAACGUUUUCUUGCAACCUCAACCAACUGGAAAAGAAGAGUCUGCGAAGCCUUCAAGCCUUUCUGCUCCUCAUGCGAAACAUGUUCAUUCGCUGCGACGAAGACCCACCCAAAGUGUAGAAGAUCGUCUAGCUAUGGAAGAGGACGAAGAAACAACGAAGCAGGAGAAACGAAGACGAGAAGCGAGGAUUGCAAAUAAGGAUAUUAGGUGCAAGGAGUUAGCGGCUGCUACCGAAGCUGCUGAUGGUAUGACUUCUGCUGAACUAAGACGAUGGACAGCUGCCGAUGAUGUGGCGCUAGUGCACGAUUUACGAGCGGCCUAUGGUAGCAUAAAAUUCAGCCGUCCAUACUCACUGGAAGACAUAGAGGAGAGGUGGUACCAGCUUAUGUACGAUGACACUCUUUCACGACAAGCGAAGAAAAGAAUGAAUGAGUUGCCUGUUGAGGAGAUUUUGCGAAUUCAGUCUCGCACCGCUUUUACUGUGAGAGAAGAGGACUUAUUGCGUGGACUUGACAUUGGAGCUAAUUCUUGUCCUGACCGUACGAUGAUGGAGGAUUUAAUAAAAAAGUAUCCAGAAGAUUUCCACUCUGCUCGCACUCCUCAGUCGUUGCUAGAUCAUUGGCAUAUCCUCAACUCAUAUGGUAUUCUGGCGCCAGGACCACAGUCAGCGAUGUUGGACUGGGAAAUGCUGGAGCGGACAUAUGACCUCACAGGACGAGUGAAUUUUGAUGAGACGAGGGCGCUGAAUGCGGCGGCCGCGUGCGAUGCUCGUGAACGUGAAUAUGCCCGAGUGGUCGUGCAGCCCGUAACGGGCAUUUGUAGCCCAGCCGCCGACGUCCGGGCAACGUUACGUGGACGAGUUGUCCGUUACCUUGUCCGGACAGAUCGAGUGGUGCUUGGACGCAGCACACCGCGUGAUCCCGUUGACCUGGAUCUUGCGUUAGAAGGUCCUGCAGAAAAAGUUUCGAGACGACAAGCGAUCAUUGCCCGAGAUCCGUCUUCAGGAGUAUUUGAAAUGACCAACGUAGGCGCAAGAACUAUAUUUGUCGACGGAAAACCACUAGGAGCGAAUAACCGUACCCGACUUGUCGACAACUCGAUUGUCCAGAUCGCCAUUAUACGCUUGGUGUUCCGAAUCGGCCAAUAA